AGAAGCGCCCUUGUUUGUGAAGGAGGGAAGCAAAAAAUCAGGUGCACACAUCAAAAGAUUCAGAUCAUUUCUGCAGUCUAUGGAAGAACAGACCGCUCCGUGUGUCAGUGGGGAUUGGAUUGGACGGUUGCUUGGUUAUGGAAUGUCAACUGCCGCGCAGCUAAUACAUUAGCUAUUGUUAAAAAUGAAUGUGAAACCCUGUCCGAAUGCGAGUUGCAUGCCAGCAACGCAGAAUACGGAGACCCGUGCUUCGGAACGAAGAAAUAUCUCACGGUAAAUAAUCGUUUAUUUUUACGUACGGUUUUCGAAAAAAUAAUUUGUUGCUCUUAAACCCAAAGGUCUGUGAUUUAUCUCUGUAAAUAGGACUAAGAAGUGUUUUUCUGUUCCGCACUCGUAACAAACUUUCAACACAUUUGUUCUCCUAUAUAUAUAUAUAUAUUGUAUAUGCAUUUAUGUUUUUAUCUGUCUAUCACUCAGCAUUAAUGUUAUUACGACUCUAUUGGCUACUUUACGUCACGUGGAACAAAAUCACUAGAUAUUUAUGACGUAAGAGCCCUCAUUUACGUUACUCUUCUUCGAAUAGAAACAAACCUAGUUGAAAAAGCCAGCUUGAGUGUCACUCUUUCAUCUUUGUUACUUUACAGGGAAGAAAAACCAACUCGUUUUGUAGAGUCCAGUUAAAGAGCCAUUUCAAAUAAAGCUAAUCUCAAAUACUACUCUGGAAAAAACAAAAAAAACAUUUGCACAUUCAAUUUCACAUUUGCCCUCAAGCUUCGCUUCUCUGCCAAAUAUUCAUUUUCGGGACAAUCUUUUAACCGCGGACAUUAUCAGCCGACAUAGCAGUCGCCUGAAGAGACCGGUUUAUUUACUAAAUAUUUUUUCACGGGUGCAUGUGCCUUAUACAUUAGAAGCGUCUUUGUGGACUGAACUUGGUGAACACGAAUUUAUUCAUUGUAAAAGUGUCGCCUAAGAAAUUGCAAACUCCUCCGGCUCAGUACGUGUAAACGUUACUACAUAGCUAAAAUGUUUGUGACCAGACCAAAAAUUCAUAGGAACCUGAACAAAACAUUUCGAUUUAUCACUGCGGAGUGAGAAACUCAGAAACUCAAAAAGAGACCUAAAACUAGAUGAUGAGGUUUUAUUGAUAGCAUCAGUAAACGCAUUAUAUACAUUUUGUUCCUAUAGGUCAAAUACAGGUGUAUCGGCCGGAUUACACCAGAUGACACCAAGAGAGCUCGCGUAUGUGAAAAUCACAAGAUGUCAAUCGAAUGUCCUGAGAGACGUAAUAUCGACAUCGUAUGGGCAAACUUUGGCCGUCUCAAGGGUGCUCACAUCUGUGGCGAUGGUUUCUUUGGAGUAUUUUCCUGGAACCAAGCCUGCCAGCAUCAAGUGGCCUCCAAGGCUAUUGCCAGGCAAUAUUGUCAAGACAAGGAACAUUGCCUUCUUGAUGCCACCGUUGCCAAAUUUGGGGACGCUUGCUGGGGUACCAAGAAAUAUCUAGAGGUUGGUAAAGAAAUAUUUGAUUUUGAAUUUCAAAAAGUGGAAGAGCAAACCGAUAUGCUUUCACCUACAUUAUAUCAAAAGAAAAUAAGUAAACGAUAAUGGUUAAUUAAGCGACCUCUUUCAAUCAAUCGCCUAACCUUUAAGAUUUUGGAAAGAUGCUUUGUGGUUAGGGAUUCCCCUUUCGCACUAUAUUUGAAAACAAAUGCCCAGGUGAAUGUGGAGUUCUAGAUUUAAUAACUUCUAUGUUUUUUCUGGUUCUAGGUCCGCUACAGAUGCUGCCCGAAGAAGGGUGGAUGUGACUGA